AUGGUGGGUGCCCCUUGCUCAGGGGGGUCCUGGGGGUCCCGUGGUUCCCCCCCCCUGACAUUUUGGGUUCCCCUUCCCCCCAUAUGGCAGAUCAAGAGCGGGGAGAACGCCGCGAGCAUCGCGGGGGAGCUGGCGCGGCACACGCGGGGCCCGGUGUUCGCCGGCGACGUCAGCUCGGCCGUGCGGCUGCUCGAGCAGCUCCUCGACAUCCUGGACGCGCAGCUGCAGGCCCUGAGACCCCUGGAGAGGGAGUCAGCCGGCAAGAACUACAACAAGAUGCACAAGCGGGAACGAACCUGCAAGGACUACAUUAAGGCGGUGGUGGAGGCCGUGGACAAUCUGCUGCGUCCGGAGGCGCUGGAGUCGUGGCGGGACAUGAACGGCUCGGAGCAGGCGCACACGGCCACGAUGCUGCUGGACGUGCUGGAGGAAGGGGCCUUCCUGCUGGCAGACAACGUCAAGGAGCCGGCACGCUUCCUGGCGGCCCGGCAGAACCUGGUGCUGGAGGUGUCAGUGCUGAGCACGGAGGGGCCGCUCCAGGAGCUCGUGUUCCCGCAGGAGUUGGGGGGCGACGGUUCCAUCCAGCUCUCGGCCAGCACCCUCAAACAGAACAGCAGGAACG